AUGUAUGACUUAAUGCUCUUCCCUCGUGGCCUGGCCGAGUGGGUAGCCACCCUGAAAGGCAGCCAGCCUCUGGAGCAGGACACCUGCGGGGAGCCCAUCAAUCUCAAGACCCAGACACUAUACCAUAAGUCUGCCACCAAGCCAGGGGAAGCAGGGGCCAGCCAGUAUUGUUAUAGGUCUUUGAGGUAUUCCACGACAAGGGCUGCAUCUCAUUUUAGAAGAAUGGAGUACCAGGACGCAAUAUGCACCCUCAACACGCUCCAGACUGAUGCAAGCUACCGGGAGCAGGUGCAGCGGGAGGGGGGUCCACAGGAGUUCCUGCUCCAGGCCAUGAAAGGCUUUCUAGAACGGGCAGGCCUUACGGUGGAAGAGUUGGACCAUCUAAAUAUCAUUCACGUCACAGGCACAAAGGGAAAGGGAUCCACUUGUGCUUUCACUGAGAAGAUUCUUCGCAGCUACGGCUUCCGCACUGGAUUUUACAGUUCACCUCAUCUAGUACAAGUGAGGGAGAGGAUCCGGAUCAAUGGUCAACCUGUCAGCAAGGACCUCUUCACAAAGUACUUCUGGCAGGUCUACGGCCGCCUGGACGAGACAAAGGACUGUCAUGGCGGCUCCAUGCCAUCUUACUUCCGUUUCCUGACCGUCCUGGCCUUUCACAUCUUCCUCCAAGAGAAGGUGGACUUGGUGGUUAUUGAAGUGGGAAUAGGUGGAGCCUACGACUGUACCAACAUUAUCAGUCGGCCAUGGGUGUGUGGGAUAGCAUCCCUCGGGAUCGACCACAAAGGUAUCCUUGGAGACACGAUAGAGAAAAUUGCCUGGCAGAAAGGAGGCAUAUUUAAGCUAGGAGUACCAGCGUUCACAGUAAAGCAGCAAGAAGGUGCCAUGACGGUCCUGCAAGAGCGGGCAGAGGAGAUCGGGUGUUCUCUGAGCGUGUGUCCUGAGCUGGGUGAGUAUACGGUGGAGGAGGGUGUGGUGCGCCUGAGUCUGGUUGGAGAUCACCAGCGCAUCAACGCCAGCCUGGCCCUACAGCUCAGCCACAGCUGGCUACAGCGACGACACCUACCUGAUAAGCACCUCUCAGCUGCGGCCGAGUACAGAGGUGUAACGCAGGCUAAAGGCUUCACGCCAAGCCCCAUCAUGCUGAAAGGUCUGGCGGAUACGGAGUGGCCUGGGCGGACACAGACUCUGAGGCGUGGCCCUAUGACAUACUUCCUGGACGGAGCCCACACCAUGGACAGCAUGCUGGCCUGCACACACUGGUUUAAAGACGCCGCAGCUCAACGGGAGCAAGUGGCAGGGGGGGCAGUGGUGAGAGUGCUACUGUUCAAUGUCACAGGAGGGAGAGACGCUGCUGCCAUGCUCAAGCUCCUGGUGCCACAUCAUUUUGACUUUGCUGUAUUCUGCCCAAACAUCACAGAAACAAUAACCAUGUGCAAUGCAGACCAGCAGAACUUCGACGCCUCGGUGGAGAAAUUGUUAACACGUUGCCUGGACAACCAGCAGAGCUGGCGGCUGCUGACAAGGCUGCAAGAGGGCCAUGCGAGGCCCGGCGUUGGGGAGGAGGCAGACGAGGCUCAGCUGCUGAUCUCCGGACAGCUGCCCUUGGACACCUUCCCUUGGUCCCGCGGCAACACACUGGUCUUCCCCUGCAUCCUGAGCGCCCUCCAGUGGAUCACACAGGCAAGGGACCCCGUGCUGGCCCUGCCCGAGAAACGUGCCAUCCCUCUCAAACCAAGUGUGGUCGCCAAGGCCUCUCCACUCAGAGAGGCUACUGAGAUCCAUGUGCUGAUCUCUGGAAGUCUGCGCUUGGUUGGGGGAGUGCUUAAACAUCUGGACCCAGCGUCUGCCUCUUAAAGGUACACUGUGCAGGAAAUGAUCAAAAAAGUACUGCAACUAUGGUGCUCAUUGAAACUGGGUUGCCUAUUGUCAAAUUUGAUAUUUUCAUGAAAGUUUACUGAGUAAUAAACUAAUAUUUUUAGUAUUGCCCAAGGACAGUCAUUUUUGCAGCUAAAAAUGGCUAUUUCUGGAAAUACAAAAUGGGGGACCAUGGAGAAGAUCCCCCUUUUCAUGU